AUGCGCUUCUCCUCUCCCCUCCUGCUAGCCCUCCCGGCUCUCGCAGUCGCCGAGCAACAGCAAAUCCCGCUGCUCGACAAGAUCAAGGGCUUCUUCAGCCAGGCAACCGCAGCCGUGUCGUCUGCUAUUCCCAGCGUGCCCUCGUCGCCCGUCGAGGCGGCCAAGGAGGCCGCCGCCGCCAAAGUGGUGGAAGUCAUCCAACACCCGCUUACUCUAGAAAACUGGAAGGAAGUGUUAACGGUUGACCCAACGGCCAGCCCGCCCACAACGCAAGAUUGGCUCGUCUUCAGCACAGGCGGGAAUUCGACAUGCUUUGGACUUUGCGCAAACGUCACCAAGGCCUGGAACGCUUCCCUGCCUUUGAUCGCCGCGGCCCCCAACCCACCUAAAUUCGCCUAUCUAGACUGCGAAACUGAAAACAUUCUCUGCAACUCCUGGUCCAUCGGCGCCCCUUCGCUCUACUACUUCCAGAUCCCCAAGCCUCUUGCCGACCAAUCCGCCCCCGUACCCACCGUCCGCUACCAACCGCUCAAUCGCACCUCCACCACUGUCGACACCAUCAAGAAACUCAUCCUCGACAAGGAGAUUGAAAAAGUCGAGCCGUAUGAGGGCAUUUUUCACCCUUUCAACGGCGCUCUACAGCAAUAUAAUCUCGCGGUUCCCUACGGCUAUGCGACAUGGGGUUUCAGCAAGAUGCCAAGUUGGAUGCCUAUGAUUAUUAUUUCCUUUUUGAGCAGGUCCUUCAUGAGCAAGCGCAUGGCUGGCCCCACUCCCCGCGAAGCUGCCGCUCCACGUGCGCAGUAG